UCCUGAUAAUCGGCGUACACGCAGUACAUGUCAAUCAAGUUCCCGCCAAAUUUAGCUUUAGUUCUAUGCUAGAAGCUGCCAAACCAGCCAUACAACCUAUUUUUGCAGCUGGUUCUGAUAAAUGUGAAGUGCUGAAAAGUUAUUUCGGCCUAACAUACGAGCAGAUGCAAGGAACCAACUUGACCAUAUUUAGUGAGAAACUGAACAUUGACAGAAUCACCAAGAAUGGUAAUACCAAAUACAAUUUCACGAACAGGUUAAAACGUAUGAUGACGACAGACUCUAUUGCUAUCAUAAUUCAUGGGUAUUUAGAGAAUUCAGAAGGAGUAAUGGUACAAGCUAUAGCCCCAGAAUUGUUGAAAGGGACGAAUUUAAAAGUAUUUGCGUUAGAUGGAAGGAAUGUUAUAGGCCUGGAGUAUAUAACAUCGUCUACAUAUGUGCGUUUUAUGGGAGAGCGGCUGGGAAGCUUAUUGAGUGAUGUCAUAAGACGUGGCCAGAACCCGUCAAAAAUACUUCUAAUCGGCCACUCCCUUGGUGCCCAUAUUGCUGGAGCAGCAGGUCAAAAGGUCCAACAAGACACUGGUCAGCGCAUUGGCAGGAUAUCUGGACUGGAUCCAGCAGGACCCUGCUUUAGUAACGUCAGUCUGGAUGAUAGAUUGGACCCCUCUGAUGCUGAUUAUGUUGAUGUUAUACAUACAAAUGCUGGCAUGCUCGGAAUUAGAGAGGCUGUUGGUCACAAAGACUUCUUUCCAAACAGUGGGGCAAUGCAGCCGGGCUGCAUUUUGCCAAUUUGCGAGCACAGUAGGGCGUGGGAGUUGUAUGCGGAGUCUAUCAAUUCUCCUGAACGCUUUCCAGCAAGAAAAUGUGAGAACUGGACGACAUUUCAAAGCGGUCGUUGCAUGAAAAACGAAGUCGCGUUUAUGGGAUAUAACUCCGAAAGUGGCAGCCCUGGCGUGUACUAUCUAACUACAGGGUCAUCUUCACCGUUUGGCUUGGGAGCAGCUGGUAGUGGUUGAA